AUGUCGUACCCCGGUCCUCCAGGUGUCUCCAAGAACACGACCCAUUCGUCGCUGCCUCCCCGACCGCCACCAGCAAAGCAGCCCGGCGGCUUCAAGCCUGCCUUUCAACCCGCGAUCCACUCUGCGCGGUCCUUCAGCGCCGCCCCAUCUCCAUCUCCAGCUCCAGGCUAUCCCGCGACCCCAACAACCGCGGCAGCAACCUCGUCGUACACCGCAGCUCCCGGCUAUAGCCCAGCUCUCGGCGCCGCAGCGCCCGGUAGCUAUGGCGCACCCACCCCAUACGGCGCUCGUCAACCAGCCCUUCCCGGCGUAGGAGGCGGCCGUGGCGGCUAUGGCCAAGCAAACACGACAUACGGCAGUUACCCCCAAGCAUCGGGCUACCAGCAACAAGCCGCAUACGGAUACGGCACCCCCGGCAACGGCAGCUAUUCCACUCCACCUCAGAUCCGCAACCCUUUCCCCGUUCCGAACGCCGCCCCGACCGCCGGCCACCAUGGCCAUCACCAUGACGCCACCUACGACCCCCUCGAGGCGGCCCAGAUAGCGGCGUGGCAGAGCGCGUACAUGCCCAAAGAGCCCAACGACCCCAACAACGCCAACAAUAAGGCUGCUGGCGCUGGCAACGUUCCCGGCGCGCGCGGUGGAGCCGGUGCCUAUGGUGCUGGCGCCGCUCAAUACGGAGCCGCCUACGGCGCAGCGAUGGAUCCCGCGGCUGCCGCGGCCGCAGCAGCAGCAGCAUCCGGAACAGCAGGCGACCCCUACGCGGCUCACAACGGCAGUAACUCCACAACCGGCGCCGACGGCGAGAAAAAGAAGACAGUCGUGCGCGAGGGCGGCGGCAAGAAGUGGACGGACGACACGCUUUUGGAGUGGGACCCCUCGCACCUGCGCCUCUUCGUGGGCAACCUGGCAGGCGAGACGACGGACGAGUCGCUCCUCAAGGCCUUUUCGCGCUGGAAGAGCGUGCAAAAGGCCAAGGUGGUGCGCGACAAGCGGACGACCAAGAGUAAAGGGUUCGGGUUUGUCAGCUUUAGCGACCCCGAGGACUUCUUCCAGGCGGCGAAGGAGAUGAACGGCAAGUAUAUCCAGAGUCAUCCCGUGGUGGUGCAUAAGGCCAAGACGGAGAUCAAGCCUACGGUGAUGAAGGAUGAUCGGAAGGGCGGCAAGUGGAAGGAUAAGAAGAACAAUCAUAAUAAGAAGAAGAGCGGUAGUGGAAUGGGCGCCGGUGCGGGCCAUGAUGGAGGCGGUGGUGGUGGUGCUGGCGGUGGGUAUGAGCCGCAUCUUGGACCUGCGCAUGGUAGUGGAGUGACCAAGCCUGGUCAGAAGACUAAGGGCGGAUUGAAGUUGCUUGGUUGA